CCUUCCUCUACCUCCCUCACCUUUAUUUCUCUCUCUCUCUCUCUCAAGCGUUUCACAGACUCUCCAGCUUCGCGAUCUCAAGAUGCCUGCUGAGAGUCCGACUGGGUCUGACCGUGAGGCUGAACCGUUUGUUGAGGUUGAUCCAACUGGACGAUUUGGGCGGUACAGUGAUCUGCUUGGCUGUGGUGCUGUGAAGAAGGUUUACAGGGCUUUUGAUCAGGAGGAAGGUAUAGAGGUGGCCUGGAAUCAGGUUAGGUUGAGGAAAUUCAGUGAGGAUCCGGUACUCAUCAAUCGGCUUCAUUCAGAGGUUAAGCUGUUGCGGACAUUGAAGAACAAAUAUAUCAUUGUCUGUUACAGUGUUUGGAAGGAUAAUGAGCGUAACACAUUGAACUUCAUUACUGAGGUGUGCACAUCUGGAAACCUGAGGGAUUACAGGAAGAAGCAUCGCCACGUUUCCAUUAAGGCCUUGAAGAAGUGGUCAAAGCAGUUGCUUGAGGGAUUGAAGUAUCUGCAUACCCAUGAGCCAUGCAUUAUUCACAGAGAUCUCAAUUGCAGUAACAUCUUCAUCAAUGGAAACGUUGGCCAGGUGAAAAUUGGUGAUCUGGGGUUGGCAGCAAUAGUAGGGAAGAGCCAUGCAGCGCAUUCAAUUAUUGGGACACCAGAGUACAUGGCACCAGAGCUGUAUGAGGAAGACUACACUGAGAUGGUUGACAUAUACUCCUUUGGAAUGUGCUUGCUUGAGAUGGUGACAAUGGAGAUCCCAUAUAGCGAAUGUGACAGUGUUGCCAAGAUAUACAAGAAGGUGACAACUGGAGUAAAGCCCCAAGCCUUGAACAAGGUGAUGGAUCCAGAAGUGAAGGCAUUCAUUGAAAAGUGCAUAGCCCAGCCAAGGGCAAGACCUUCAGCGUCUGAUCUUCUCAAUGACCCUUUUUUUUCUGAAGUCAACGAAGAAGAGAGUGGGCUGUCUGUUUGAUGGCUUUUUGAGUGAACUACAUGCUUAGAGGUAGCCCUUAAUUUCCGUUUUUUUCCUCUCUGACCAAUCUAAUGAUUCAUGGGUUUCAUAUGAAGAUUAUGCCUACAACUACCAAUAACUCUCUCUCUCUUUCUCUCUUCUUGACAUGUCGCAGAAACUUUUUUUUUUUUUUUAAGAUGCAGAAACCUUUUAUGUACAUAAAUUGUAGACUGAGGAAAUAAUGACAGUACUGUCUAGUCCUGUUCAUUUGUCGAUCUGUGUAAUUUGAUUCUUUUGUUAAUCAAUUCGACUGCUAGAUAAUAUCUCCAAUUGGUUUUUCUCAAGUACUACUAUACUCUUUGCCCUCUAUGGCAAUGAUGUGGAGGAGAUGCACCGCUACGAGAAAGACCUAUUCAACUCUAGAGACUCAAAGAUCCCCUAGCAAUUUUUUGUUGGGUUUGUAGUGAUUCGUACAAAAAAAAUGUGAUAGAAUCCCUAUGGGACCCACCUACCUUAGAAGGUGGGUGGGCUGCCCCGAAAUUUGUUAAGAUAGGUGGGCUCUAUAGGAACUCAGAACUCUCUCACAUUUGCUACUCAAAUUACUAGCAAUUCGAACAAUAAAAUUGUUAAGAAUCUCUAUCUA